CGGAAAGAGAGAAGGGAGAGCGAAGGUGUUCUUUUUGGGAACGUGAGGAAGGGCAAGAGGAGUGUUCGUCCAAACGUGAGGAGAGAGCGGACCCCUCUUGAGAGAUCUACUAACACCCCUUCCUCCAGCAUGACAAACAUCUCAUCUGCCCAAUGGCAGGCCAUGCUGGACGCAGCGGACGAGAACGAGAAACCGUUCUUUCAAAAACUUUAUGACGAUGCCGUACAGAGGGAAACGGAGGCAGAGGCAGCAGCCAGAGCCACAAGCAUUGCUGAUCAGGUGGCCCUCCUUGCGGUUCCAGAAUCGAAUGAUGACCAGUUCCGAGAGAAGAUAGUUGCUGUCGUAGCAGCCUUGGUUCCACUGCGGACCCUGGAAGACCUUGAGUCCCGUGUGACAGCCCUGGAGCAACGAAAUCAAGAGCUGCAGGCUGAGAUAGUCAGCCUCAAACAGUCCCAACUGUCUGCCCCCCAUCCUCCUAAUCCUCGACCUGCUGCAGUCCCAGUCUCUCAACCUAACACAGUCCUCAUGACGAGAGCAAGUGGAACUGUGACGAGCGCAGGAACCGGUGCCAGCUCCUCAAGCGGCAGUGCCGACAGUUCUGCAAUGGUCAUAGUCCCAAAUGCAGGAACAUCAGCCCAAAACGCCACAGUUCUUACUGGCAUACAGUACAGCGGUCCCGUAGUGGACAAGCGGGCGGCCACUCUGCCGUCCAAGUACGACGGAAAAGGGGACAUCACCUCUUGGAUUAGCUCCAUGCGCUCAUACUUCGAGGUACUGCGAACACCACAGGAAGAUCGAAGCAUGAUCAUGGGCACAAAUACUGAGCCCGUCGUACGGAGUUUCAUAGAACUCCAAGCUGUUACAGCAGCUUAUGAGAGGAUUGACUUGACUGAGUGGCUGAAAAUAACUCCUGUACGCACUCUUGAGGACCUCCUCAUCACGCGGUACCAAGAUAAGCACGCUGCACUCAAGGCAAGGCUGAAGCUUGAGGCCUUCAAGGGCCAAACGUGGAGGACCUCGAUGCAGGCUUUGGAACAGCACUUGACUGGUCUGUUCACCACUCCAAACCUGGGAAUGACCGACGUGUCUUGCAUGAAUGUAGUCAUGGGAGUGGCCCCUAAAGAAUACCUCUCCCUGCUACGACUAAAAGACCAUACCACUUGGCGAGAGCUCAUGACGGAUCCAGUCCACCUAGAGGCCAAGGACCUCGCCAGGCGUACAAAGGCACCCGCUGCAGGUCAAAAAUCACAACGCAAGCGGUAUGGAAGCAGCAACCAGCUUGCCCUGCAUGAACAUCGGGAGGCUGAAGAUCAGUCCUACGCGGAUGAUCUGUCUCUAGAUGACGAUCUAGAGCCGGACUCCGAUAUGGGUUGUUCUACAUCAGCCAUUGAGAAACUGAAGGAGGAUCUGGUCCAACACACCGCCAAGGAUCCAGACCUUAGUCCCAUCCUUGAGCAGCUCAAGGCUGACCCUAACAGUCAGCCUGAUUUUCAUGAGUGCGAGGGUCUUGUAUUCCGCCGGUAUGGGAAGUUUGAUCGUUUGUGUGUACCCAACCAUGCGCCUCUCCGAACUCAUUUCUUGGAUUUGGCACAUGGUCGGAAUGGACACUUCGGCUUUGAGAAGACUUAUGGAAGUCUUUUGCAGCAGUUUGAUUGGUCGGGAAUGAAGGGAUCUGCUCAGAAAUUUAUUGUUGAAUGUCAAGUCUGUCAAAGAACCAAGGUCCAUUGGCAUAAGCCGUAUGGCCUGCUGAAACCCCUCCCAAUUCCUGAUGGGCCCGGUGAGUCGGUCUCUAUCGAUUUCACGGACAUGGGGAAGGUGAGCGAGGGAGGACAUUCGCAAGUCAUGGUCAUUGUGGAUCGUUUUUCCAAGUUUCUGAAUUUGAUUCCUCUACCUCCUCAUGCACCAACUGAGCUAGUGACUGGAGAAUUUCACCAGCAGUACAUUCUGCAGUAUGGACCCCCGAAAACUCUUGCGAGUGAUCGGGACACCAGGUUCAUUAGCGCAGAUUGGAAGGACUUCACUUCACAGAUCUAUCACAUUAAACUCAACAAGACUUCUGGUAGACACCCCGAAGCCAAUGGACUGGCCGAGGAAAUCAACCAGACUGUCAUUCAACUAUUGCGCGAUCUAAUUGUUCCAGAUCAUAACACAUGGGACAAGGAGUUGUACAAAGUGAAGGGGUUGUACAACAACUCCAUUCACUCCGCAACUGUCGUGACACCAAAUCAGCUACACUAUGGUUGGCAGUUGCGCAAUCCUCUCUCCUAUUUGUUCCCCGAACGGUCCCCUGGUCUGACGCCCGACAUGCCUGGCUACAAUGCCAAGUACGCACGCCUGCUCAAAGCUGCUAUCGCAGCAAUGAACAAGCGUCAGCAUGCCAUGAUCAAACAUGCUAACAAGUCGCGCAAAGAACCGAACUUUAAAGUAGGGGAUUAUGUCUGGGUCAAAAUGUCAGAGUUUUCUGAUGAAGAGGGCGUAUAACGGAAGCUUCUUCCAUUGUACUAUGGCCCUUGGUAGGUUCUGAAGGUGAUUGGGGAUGAAUUUGGUCCUUCGUAUGUGAUUGAUGUGCCUCCUCAUCUGCGCACAUAUCCGGUCUUUCAUGCAUCCAAACUAUUUCCACACAUCAAUGAUGAAACUUUUCCCUUUUGAGAUCCUAUGAUACCUUGUCCUAUCGACGACGCUCAUGAGAUAGACAGAAUCGUUUCCCAUGAAGGCAGAGGGAGGAACAAACAGUAUAAGAUUCG